UCCCCAGGAAACGAUUGAACAGAUCGACGAGUAUCUUUUUCCAUGUAGCACCAUAGGUUCUGUAUAUAUUGAAAUGGUACGGGUAACAAAGUGAGAGACUGAGAGUUGCAGUGAGCGAGUCUGAACAUGGAACCAGAGAAGGAAGGUAAACUAGGCGGCGAGUCUCCUACCGAGUCACAGCAAACAGUUUCUGAUGAUGAUGAAAUAGACUACUCUAUUAAGCCGGAAUUUUACGACUCGGAUCUUGAUGAAAAAGAUGAGUCGUGGAUUAAUAAGAAAAGGAAAGGCCGUACUUCUGAUGCUAACCUUAGUUGUCCAGCUUGCUUCACUACCCUCUGCUUAGAAUGCCAAAGAUCAUGUUUUUCUGUUACUCCUUCCUCUUAA